AUGGAGGGAUGGGAAGAUGAAGUGGUCCUCCAGUGCAUCGCCAACGUUCACAAGGAGCAGAGGAAGUUCUGCCUGGCAGCCGAGGGACUUGGGAAUCGCCUGUGCUUCUUGGAACCCACUUCAGAAGCCAAGGAAGAUGAAGUGGUCCUCCAGUGCAUCGCCAACGUUCACAAGGAGCAGAGGAAGUUCUGCCUGGCAGCCGAGGGACUUGGGAAUCGCCUGUGCUUCUUGGAACCCACUUCAGAAGCCAAGUAUGUUCCUCCAGAUCUCUGCGUCUGCAAUUUUGUGCUGGAACAGUCCCUCUCUGUCAGAGCCCUGCAGGAAAUGCUUGCCAACACAGGUGAAAAUGGUGGCGAAGGGUUUCAAAGGAAGGCAGCACAAGGGGGUGGCCACAGGACCCUGCUGUAUGGCCACGCAAUUCUCCUGCGGCACUCCUUCAGUGGCAUGUAUCUAACAUGUUUGACCACAUCAAGAUCCCAGACGGAUAAACUUGCCUUUGAUGUAGGUCUACGGGAACAUGCCACAGGAGAAGCCUGUUGGUGGACCAUUCAUCCCGCUUCCAAGCAGAGGUCUGAGGGAGAAAAGGUUCGAAUUGGUGAUGACCUCAUCCUCGUCAGUGUGUCCUCUGAAAGAUACCUUCAUCUCUCAAUAUCAAAUGGUAACAUACAAGUGGAUGCCUCCUUUAUGCAGACACUCUGGAAUGUACAUCCUACGUGCUCAGGAAGUAGCGUUGAAGAAGCUUCCUUUCAGUUCAUGGUAGGGUAUAAUUCUGUUACAGGAUACCUACUUGGUGGGCAUGUAGUACGUCUUUUCCAUGGUCAUGAUGAGUGUUUGACGAUACCAUCUACAGACCAGAAUGAUUCCCAGCACAGGAGGAUAUACUAUGAAGCCGGGGGAGCUGGCACAAGAGCCAGAUCGCUAUGGAGAGUGGAACCCCUUCGGAUAAGCUGGAGUGGCAGUAACAUCAGAUGGGGACAGGCUUUCCGACUCCGGCAUCUCACCACAGGCCACUACUUGGCCUUGACAGAAGACCAAGGCCUUAUUCUGCAAGACCGGGGAAAGUCAGACACCAAGUCAACAGCCUUCUCUUUUCGAGCAUCCAAGGAAAUCAAGGAGAAAUUGGAUUCCAGUCACAAGCGAGAUAUAGAAGGCAUGGGAGUCCCAGAAAUCAAGUAUGGAGACUCUGUCUGCUUUGUCCAACAUAUAGCCAGUGGUCUGUGGGUGACCUACAAAGCACAAGAUGCCAAGACAUCCCGCCUGGGACCUCUGAAAAGAAAGGUGAUACUCCAUCAGGAAGGCCACAUGGAUGAUGGGUUAACACUGCAGCGAUGCCAGCGUGAGGAGUCCCAGGCUGCUCGGAUCAUCCGGAACACGACCGCCUUAUUCAGCCAGUUUGUAAGUGGAAACAGUCGCACCGCUGCCCCAGUCACCCUGCCGAUAGAAGAGGUCCUGCAGACCUUACACGACCUGAUUGCCUACUUCCAGCCCCCAGAGGAGGGGAUGCAGCAUGAAGGCAAGCAGAACAAGCUCCGCUCCCUCAAAAACAGACAGAAUCUUUUCAAGGAAGAGGGAAUGUUAGCCCUUGUGUUAAACUGCAUUGAUCGCUUAAAUAUCUACAAUAGCAUAGCACACUUCGCAGGGAUCGCCAGGGAGGAGAGUGGGAUGGCCUGGAAAGAAAUUCUGAACCUCCUCUACAAAUUGCUAGCUGCUCUUAUUCGUGGAAACAGAAACAACUGUGCUCAAUUCUCCAAUAACCUUGAUUGGCUGAUCAGCAAAUUGGACAGACUAGAAUCUUCCUCAGGUAUCUUGGAAGUUUUGCAUUGCAUCCUCAUUGAAAGCCCAGAAGCCUUAAACCUGAUAGCAGAGGGCCACAUCAAGUCCAUCAUCUCCCUGUUGGAUAAGCACGGACGGAAUCACAAGGUUCUGGAUGUACUGUGUUCCCUCUGCCUCUGUGAUGGAGUCGCAGUGAGAGCCAACCAGAAUCUCAUCUGUGACAACUUGCUGCCCCGGAGAAACCUGCUCCUGCAGACGCGGCUGAUUAAUGACGUGACAAGUAUUCGGCCAAACAUCUUCCUGGGAGUUGCUGAAGGCUCAGCACAGUACAAGAAGUGGUACUUCGAGCUUAUCAUCGACCAGGUGGACCCCUUCCUCACCGCAGAGCCCACGCAUCUGCGGGUGGGCUGGGCCUCUUCCUCUGGCUACGCUCCUUACCCUGGAGGUGGAGAAGGAUGGGGAGGCAAUGGUGUUGGUGAUGACCUAUACUCCUAUGGCUUUGAUGGACUUCACCUUUGGUCAG